UCCAGGCAGUGAGAUAGGGCCGAGUGCGUGUGGUGUGUGUGUGUGUGUGAGUCAGCUGGUAUAUAAACACCACACCCUGCCCAGUCCUGGAUCAUAACGGAGCUGCUGCUCGCUGCCUCACUGCUGCUGCUUCUCUGAAGGUUAAACUCAUCAUGGCGCUGGUGUCUGAGUUUCUGGGCCAACUGACGCUGUCGUACGGAGCGGAAGAGGAACCUAAAUUCCCCACAGUGGUGCCGGUACGAGACUUCGACCCAGCCAAAGAUGCCGCCAGGAUUGAGACGGCCAUCAAAACCAAAGGUGUAGAUGAACAGACCAUCAUCGACAUCCUGACCAGACGAAGCUACGAGCAGCGCAGAGAGAUCGCCUUCGAAUAUGAACGAAUCGCCAAGAAGGACCUGAUCACAGCCCUGAAGGCGGCACUGUCCGGCUCACUGGAGGCUCUGAUGUUGGGACUGAUGAAAAGCACUGCUCAAUAUGAUGCCUCCGAGCUCAGAGCCUCCAUGAAGGGACUGGGAACAGACGAGGAGACUCUGAUUGAGAUCGUCUGCUCCAGGAACAACGAGGAGCUGGUGGAGAUCAAGAGGGUUUACAGAGAGAUGUUUAAGAAGGAACUGGACAAAGACGUCGCAGGAGAUACGUCAGGAGACUUCGCUAAACUUUUGCUGGCUCUGGUUCAGACAAAGAGAGACGAACCCUCUAAUGUCAUUGACUAUCAGAAGAUUGACGAGGAUGCCAGAUGUUUGUAUGAAGCUGGGGUGAAGAGGAAGGGAACUGACGUGGCGACCUGGAUCUCCAUCAUGUCUCAGAGGAGCGUCCCCCACCUGCAGAAAGUGUUUGAGAGGUAUAAGAGCUACAGUCCCUACGACAUGAAGGAGAGCAUCAGGAAGGAGGUGAAGGGAGACCUGGAGAAGUCCUUCCUCACUCUGGUUGAGUGUUUUGAGAACAGACAGCUGUACUUCGCCAACAGACUCAGUGAAGCCAUGAAGAGUAAAGGGGCAAAGGAGAAGGUGGUGACCAGGAUCAUGGUUUCUCGCUGUGAAGUCGAUCUGAUGAAGAUCAGGACAGAGUUCAAGAGGCAGCACAAGAGGUCACUGUACCAGACCAUUGCUGAGCACACUAAAGGAGAUUACCAGAAGGCUCUGCUCAGUCUGUGUGGAGGAGACGACUGAACCCUCAGCUCUGUCUGGACUCAGUUUCCCAGAAGGCAGUUGGAUUUUAAAAUGUCAGCUGACUGCAGAUGUUCGUACAGUGUUAGAGCCCUUUGUUAAGUUCAUAUUAAACAGAGUGUGUCGCCUCCUUCUUUUGAGCAGCUUCUGUUUCUGAAAUAAAAAUAAAAACUUUUCAGCA